AUGCAGACCCACCUGUACUCUAACUUCGUGGGCCUGACGAAAGCCUUCGGCACGGUGAAUCGUGAAGGACUGUGGAAGAUCAUGCAGAAAUUCGGCUGUCCGGAGCGAUUCACUCAGAUGGUGCGUCAGCUGCACGACGGUAUGAUGGCGCGAGUCACGGACAACGGAGCUGUCUCAGAGGCAUUCGCAGUGACCAAUGGAGUGAAGCAGGGCUGCGUACUGGCGCCUACCCUCUUCAGUCUUAUGUUUUCUGCCAUGCUGAUGGACGCCUACCGCGACGAACGCCCCGGGAUCCGCAUCGCCUACAGGACGGACGGUCAUCUCCUGAAUCAACGGCGCAUGAACUUCCAAUCGCGUGUAUCCACAGCCACCGUGCACGAACUCCUCUUCGCCGACGACUGCGCCCUGAACACCACCUCGGAAGAGGAGAUGCAACGGAGCAUGGACCUAUUCUCCGCCGCCUGGGAGAACUUCGGUCUGGUCAUCAACACGCAGAAGACGGUGGUGAUGCAUCAACCGCCACCCAACUCAGUCACAGCCCCCAACGCGCCGCAAAUCAGCGUGAACGGAACCCAACUGCAAGUGGUGGAGAACUUCCCGUAUCUUUGCAGUACCCUCUCCCACAACACCAAGAUCGAUGACGAAGUCGCCAACAGGAUCUCGAAAGCCAGUCAAGCCUUCGGUUGCCUCCAAACACAGUUUGGAAUCGUCACGGUCUUCAAAUGA